UAUCAGAGUUCAGACUGUAUACAUUCUGAGUUGCUAUCUCGCUCUCAUACAUCAGACAGGACUUGCACAGCUCAUUGCGUUCUUCUUUCGGCUGUUCGUUGAGAAUCCGUGGAGAUGGGCGCGAAGAAGCCUUACGUGAUCGCCGUCGUCAUUCAGCUUAUCUACGCCGGCAUGUUCGUCGUCUCCAAGGCAGCCUUCGACAUGGGGAUGAACACCUUCGUCUUCAUCUUCUACAGAAUGGUCGCCGCGUCGCUCCUCCUGCUCCCCAUUGCGAUUGUCCUCGAAAGGAAGAAUGUGCGGUCUUUGUCCUUGGUUCUGCUCCUGAAGCUCUUCUUCUAUGCCUUGAUCGGGAAUACAUUUAGCUUGAACCUGUACAACGUAAGCAUGAAGUUCACGUCGGCGACGGUGGCAUCUGCGUCGAGCAACUCCAUGCCCGUCGUCACCAUCUGCCUGGCGCUGCUGCUGAGGAUGGAGGUGGUGAAGCUGCGGAGCCUUUCCGGCACGGCCAAGGUCGCCGGCGUGGCGCUCUGCCUCGCCGGCGUCUUCAUCCUCGCCUUCUACACCGGGCCGGCGCUGAGCCCCGUGAAUCCCCACCGCGCCUUCGCUGUCGCCCACGCCACUAACAGCAAGAUUCCGAGCAGGAUGACGUGGAUCAAAGGAACCUUCUUCAUGGUCCUCGCCAACGUCACAUGGGCCCUCUGGAUCGUCCUUCAGUCCGCACUGCUCAAAGAGUACCCCAAUAAGAUGCUAGUUACGGUGACACAAUGCGUGUUUAGCACGGUGCAGUCAUUCGUCGUUGCAGUGGUGGCUGAGAAAGACUUCUCCAAGUGGAACCUCCGGCUAGACAUCAGCUUCAUCGCCAUCGUUUACACUGGGUUUGUGGUGACGGGAGUGUCCUACUAUCUACAAGCGUGGUGUAUGGAGAUGAAAGGCCCCGUGUUUCUAGCAAUGUGGAACCCACUCUGCUUCGUCUUCACAAUAUUCUGCUCCUCUUUCUUUUUGGGAGAGAUUGUCCACCUUGGCAGCAUUGUGGGUGGAGCUCUGCUGGUUGGCGGGCUUUACAGCGUGUUGUGGGCUAAAAGCAGGGAGACUAGGAUCACGUUGAUGAGUAGCAUGGCGAAGAUGACCGAUGAAAUGCAAGAUGAGCAGGGACACAAGAAAUCACAAGAGAAGGAUGAUGGAAACAAAGAGCAAGAGAAAUCAACGUCAGCGUUGGGGGUUGAGCAAGUGUAGAGGUGUACCACAAAACAUGGGUACAAUUUUGGUUGUAGCGUUACUGAGUAUGAUGCCUAUAAAAAUAGGCCAUCUAUCUUGGUUGUGAAAAAAAAAAGAAUUAAAAUAUUGCUGGGUGAUCAUUGAGCAGACCCUAGACCA